CCGGCGCUGGGCCGUGCGCCUGCCGUCCGUGGGGAUCAGCGGGCUCCUGCGGCCCGGGGCAGCUGCCUUUCUCCUCUGAGGAAGCCCUGGAGCUGGGCAAGGGGCGCGGGGUUAAAGUGAAAAUACCUUUUGGAGACAAAUACCUUGAUGCUAUCUUUUCUGUCCCAGAGAAGAAACCAACAUAUGGAGUGAUUCUUACUCAUGGAGCUGGAGGAGACAUGAAUUUCCCUCACUUAGUGUCCUUGGCAGCCUAUCUUGCAUCCCAUGGAGUUCUGUGCCUGCGGUUUACUUGUAAAGGCCUUAAUGUUGCCUACAGGACUAAGGCUUUUAAAGCAGUUGUGGAAUACUUAAAAUUUUGUGAUGAUUAUAAACUUUCUGGUGUUUUCCUUGCAGGCCGUUCCAUGGGCUCACGAGCUGCUGCCUCUGUGAUACGUCAGCUGAGCGAGGGUGAUGAUGAUGAUGGCUUCAUUCAAGGUCUCGUGUGUUUAUCCUACCCACUGCAUCGACCAAAACUGCAGUCCAAGCUCCGGGAUGAGGAUUUAUUACUGAUCACGUGUCCAGUGCUGUUUGUCUCAGGAUCAGCAGAUGAGAUGUGUGAAAAACAAUUGCUAGAAGGUGUGGUGAGAAAAAUGAAAGCCCCUAAAAAAAUCCAUUGGAUUGAUAAAGCAAACCACGGGAUGGCAGUCAAAGGACGAACAGCAGAUGAUGUCAUGGAAGAAGUAAAUGGACAAGUUUUUUCUUGGCUUAGAAAGAACGUUCAAUUGCAGCACAAAUAAUUUGCAGUGUUCAAGCAGUAUCUUCAUUUAGUUUUUCCUAAAUGUGGCAAAUAAGGGGUUUGUUAUUUUUUAGAAGCAUAUUUUUUUUAAACUGAUGUUUUCAGAGGUCUAAGUGCAAAUGCAAAUAAAGCUCUGUAUGAAUGAAAAAAAAUGCAAAUCAAGAAAGAACUUCCUGAAGGACAGUAAAUAAAUCAUGGCAGCAUUGUU